AUGACUAGUCCAUAUCUGAACCAAAGUCAGCCCUCGAAGUCGGAUACUAUAAUUGUACGGUUGAGAAAGGACAUACUGGAAAAGUCCAAACAAAUAAGGUUUGUCGUGUAUGGUUUCCAUCCUUUCUGCCUACAACCCUUUCUUCGUCAUUUUAUGUACGCUAACUUCAAGACGUGUAUAUAUCGUCGGCUUGUCUUAACUGUAUUGGUGCAGUUUUCGGCUGUAUUGCCGCCUCAUGGUCUGUUUAUAUUUUCCGUAUACAGACCAUCUGUCGUGCUUUACGUUAGGCACAAAUCAUACUUUUUAAUCGGCCCAUGAGUGUUCUCACUUUCUGCUGAUAAUUCCUUGCUAAGAGGCUUACUACUAGCCAUAUCAUCAGCUUUCACCGACUGUAGGUCUAACUAUUGAUUUUUUCAUCCCGGACUGAUGAAAUUCGUCAAUGCUCCGCGAUCUGCUCUGUUUAAACCUGUCCGAUGUGCGUCCCCUAGCUUCAUGUAAUACCGGGCCUCGUAGAUUGAGUAUAAUUUUAUUGACAUAAAGGAAAACAUUUUCGUCAUAAUAGCUGAGCCGAUGAAGCUUCCAAAUGCCGAAUGGAGGAGCUUGGCUGUUUAACUCAAUCCAGUGGCCGUAUCAUUCUGCGUGAGUUAAGUUUCUUAGGUAAAAGCAUUGGUGGAGAAGACGGCUACGAAGUUUUCUAAGCUUCAACCUAUCGAACUUCGGAAAUUACAGUAGGUGGUCUAUUUCGUGGAAUGGUAACUGAAAUUUCGAAGCGUUUUCGACUGGAAAGGAUUGCUUGGAGGGUUAUCUCGAAGCCUUAUCUCAUGAUGUUUCAGUAACGCCAGGAUUCUGACCUUUAAAUGAGCUUCUCUCCGGCCCCCUGAAAAAACCACAAUCGAUGAAACAUGGCUACUUAAGUAGUAUGAGUUUUUCGCAUAGAUUUUUCGGGCCUUUUAAAUUUGUACAUAUUUUACUGAAAACAUACACAAAAAUAUUCUUGUACCCAUUCGGUAAAAAAUUUUCUCGUCAAAUUUUAUGCUUUAAGAAAGGGUAUCCUUGGGUCUUAAAAAACUUUCCCAUGUAUCAAGUGGUUUUGAACCCGACCUGCAGUUGCACCUGCGCAUAGGGUUUCCAGACUACGUGCUGUAUACUUCCCACAUGAGGGAAGUCGUGGAUUUCUUUACGCUUCCAGGAACACAUCAUAUAGAACAUAAAAAUCUUACAGCGGUUGUUGACCAUGUUGCACGCCUUAUAAGCAGCUUUAAUCAGUGGGCAGGUACGAUGCUGCAUGAACGAUCUUAAAAAUCACGUUCUUGCAGACGUUUUCCAGAUUCCAAAAUACCCUUCCUUCAAAUGCGAACUUUAAAUAAGAUGUACUUCGCUGCCAAAUGAGUAUAAAAAUAAUAUUUGCGUGUUUUUCUCUUUAUGAUGUACUUGAGUUUCUAACGGCAUCAACAAUCGGUGGGAAAGAUUAUACUACCCAAGUAAUCGCCCUUCACUAGUGUAGUCCUGGCAAGCAGAUGCUGAGGACGCCAAAAUUCGGGUCAAAUGCGCAAACUCAAUUUGUUGAAGUGCAUAAGGCAUGUACGUGCGACCGGUUGAGUAACUAAAACAGUAUAAAGACAACAACGUUUGAAAAUUAUUUUAGGUCAUCCCUGGACCAAAUGUCACCCAAAUUGUUACUAUAAUAGAUGGCCUGGAAACCAGUCAAUGACCAAAUACUUAGUGGGGUUCAUCAGAUUGAUAUGCGACGGAAGAAACAUAACCGUAGUGUAUCAUUUUCGUAUUGUUCAUUAUGGGGUUAACCAGGACGGGGGUGACUUUUUGGUUUCGUGGGCAGAGGAAUUUCAGGAAUGUAGGUUUUUAUAUGAUAGUAUCUGUGGGAGAAGGUGAAUGCCAGGAAGCGGGAGUAUAAUCGGCAGAUACACUGACACUUCUGUGAAUUACAAGAAAUAUUCUACCGUAAGACUACUGUGUACUUCCUGAAGAUGGUGAAGUCUAUGGAGAUGACAAGAGAGAGAUACGGUUUAUUUUGGAAGUAUCAUUCAAAAAUUGUCAGCAAAAGCCUCCGUCUACAGUGGAAAAAAAUGAGUACGUAAAACAGGUAACACCAGAGAAUCACAAGCGAUAACUGCCGAAAACUGCAACUGUCGACAUUAUGAAGAAUUGCCAGUGAGUGAAUCGCGAAAUUCGCGUCGAAUUUGACUUCCUUCAAAACGGUCCUAGCGUAGUGUGCAGAUCACCUCACUAUUGUAGUUCAGAUAAUCAAAAGAGGGUAAAAUCAGUAUUUAGUGGUAAAAUAAGCCAACGGAUGUACACGCAAGAAAAUCCUCAUAUAAAUGUUGAGCAGAAAGAAAUGGCGGCUCCAUCGCAAAAGCCCGCCAAUGAAUAUUAUACAAUUUUUCGCCGUCUCCAGUUGAUUGUCUACAAAGGUAGUUUCUUUAAUUUAUUUUCAUGAAAACCGUUACAAGGGGAUUGUUCUUGAAAGAUUUACCCUACGUACUGAGUUCCCGGGCGUUCCUUCUUGCGCAAAUGACGGGUCUGCUAAUAUCUGUAAUCCCACCUAGGAAUGAAACUCUAUCGCCGGAAGAAAUUGACACCCACUACGAGGGCCAGUGAUGGCUGUGCUCUUGCUCAACUAAAAGCCUUUUCCGAUCAGUCAUCUCCUUGUAAACCACCCUGCUAAGCCAUUUCACAGAAAAAUGUCCACGACUUUCCUUCUUUUUCCAAAGUAGUUAAGGAGAAAAUUAGAAUAUUUUAUUCGCCUAUGCAGCCUCUUGGAACAUACUCGCAAUUUUUCGUCGCAAGUGAGAGGAACUGGUUUUUAUUUGGGGACCGUUUUCGUCGUUUGAGUGUUAACGUAUUAAAUGGUCGUAUGAAUACUAAAGUAUUUCUUCAAUGGCUGACCUAACGGCAUUUCGUUUCCUAUCUACGUAUGGGCUGAAAAUAAACCUUGCUGUAUACUCAGAUGGCUUGUGGUCUUUUUCACAGAUACCAAUUGAAUGUUUCUGUAGGUGGUGGGAUUAUUGUAAAAAAAGACUGCCCAUUGAUGUUAUUACGGCGUUCUAGGGCGCCAAACUGCGCAUAAACUGCACACAAACUAGCAUUUUAGAACCCGAAGAACAUUUGAUUUUUUUGGAAAUAAUGCGGUUAUCAUCACCUUACUUUACUCGUUUUUCGCGAGCUGAACAAUCAAAUUUCAGGUUAGCGAGGGUUGUUUGGCAAGCUUCUCUAGCCAAGAUAAAGGUUCUCUACCGAAGGAACGUCCGCCACUAUGUGGAUAUGGUCCACGUUACUUACUAUCAUAGAAGAUCGCCCAAAUAGAAAACAAUGUUGAUUCGUCCCUAAAAUAUGCGGGCAUAGGUACCCCAGUAUUACAGGCUUUCUUGCGCUAAAUUCCGGGGGGGGGAAGGUUUGCAGUCAGGACACGAGAACAGGUACCCCCGGAACUUGGCGCAAGGUCGUCUGUCAUACGGGGGAAGGUACCUCUUCUCCUGCCUAACCAUUCUGUCCGAGAAAAACGCUAUUCACCGCGGGAGGCUGAUAAGUAAAUUGUACGACCGCCGACGUAACCCUGACUGACCAUAUUGAUUUUGGCUGGUUACCUUCUGGGGGUGAUUACGACCAAUUUUUCUCGGCUUAACGCUUAUACAGUCAGCUUGUAUACUUUGCAGGCUGACAGUGACCCCUUCGAUGUGUGCGUCCAUAAACCGAUCUGUUGCCUCUGAAGCUUCCUGUUGUGCACAACUAAUUACCUCUUCAAUCCUACUAUCUCGUUACUCCUUGUGUGUAGGUGUCUACGUAGUUCAUUCCGCGCCUCAUCGAUCUGUUUCAUUCGUCCCUGCAGCAGCGUGAAUCGCCUGCCCCUGAAUCUGAGGUCCAACCCCCUUUUUUCUUCCAUCCAAUGGCUGCUGCAGUUUUGGACAGACGGCAAAUUAUUCAGCCUAUUCCUUUUUCGGCUUGGAAGUGCCCCUUGUCAUACACAUCAUUCCGAUCCGCUUGUUGUAGUAUGUAUAUGCUGUUUAGAGGUGCCCGUUUGCUGUUGCAUCCACUGACCAAAAUUUUUGCCCUCCUCCCCCCCCCGCCCCGCCCCUGGAUGCCAGUUUUGCCUGCACACGUACGCCAGCACGUCCAUCUAGCACAUUUGUUGUAUUCUCUUGCAGCGACCUCGAGGAGACGUGCGCCACGGCUGCCGAUGCAAUUCGCAGCCUCCAGGACCAAAUUCGGCAACAGAACGAUUGCUGUGCGCGUCGUAUAAGUGAACUUCAAGCCAGUAUGGCAGCCAACACACCGCCCAGUAAAUAUGUUCACACCGAGGUCAGUGAGCAGCCGAACUCGUGCAUGGUUUUGCCAUCUUUUUGUCUCUAGCAACAAUCAGAUGUUUACGCGCGCCCGUGUGGAUGUCUGUUUUUUGGCCGGUGGCGAGGACCUUGUUUAUUGCGGCGGCAUUAUGUCUCGAGGAAGUAAGUGGGUGGUAGAAGGGGCUGCUUUUAGGAAUGAUAUGGGGGGCGGUCUUCGUAUUUCUCGCCGAAAGCACAGUAGUUAUGGCUGCAUGUUCUAGCUGGACGGCAUACGGCCAUGUACCAGGAAUGCCUCAGUAACGAAGUGCCACCUUUCCGAUAUGCCCCCUUUAGCCGUCGGGUUUAAACAGUACCGAACCAUUACGUAGGGACUUAAGGAGAGCGGUUCAGAAACCUCAGGCGAUCCGCGAGUUGCUUUGGGCACGAGUAGUCUGUGUCCUUGUCAGGCAAGAUGGAGAUAUUGGUUCUUUGUCAUGCAAGAAUAAUGUUGGGCAUUUGUGCUAAAAGAGAAAACCUAUGCUAGGCGACGCCGCUACUCUUGUGUUGAGUAUUUUACUGCUUACAGCGAGCCUAAUUCAUUUGCAGUGGCGGUGUUCGAGAGUUGUGAGUCACAUUUAUAAAUUUCGUUCUUAAGACCAACGAGGUACAUUUGCCGGCAAUUUCUGGGCAUAAUUUUAUUCCUUUCAGCCAGUCUGAAUGAACAGGAGAAUCCACCGUCUCGGCAGCAACCGCAUUGAGGCACGAUAUUUUGCGCUUUGGUGAACUAAGAGGAGGACAGGCUCCUAGUAGUGGCUUGAUUGCUGGUCAACCGCUCCAGCUUAAGACGACCUCAGGUUGAAUUCAGUGUCGCCACCCUGGUUCAUCCACAAUUACCUCCCAACUGGCCUCAAUUCACGCUGUCUAUGACCCAUUUCACGGGGCUUUCUGCUGAUUCGUAGCAGUUCAUGCUGCUAUUCACUGCGGCGCCCAGCACGUCCAUGGGCCAUGGUAGAGGGAACUGAGUUGCAUAACAGCGUCCCAGAGCGAAGUGGGUGGCUAGACGUGUAUCGUGUUGAGCCUCAACUGCUCGUCCUCAGACUUCCAGAUGGUCCACUCUGCGAGCGUUUAGAUCAUUAACCCUCCCUCUUGCAUUUUGGUCCGAACUGUCGAUUUUUGACUGCUGGUGUAUUUUAAGCGACGGUAACGCCUGCACCUGAUGAUGGAUGAAUACGUUUAAUUGAUUUCUGUAUAAGCAGUGCAUUUCGCCGGUGCCUUAGGAUUAACUCUAGCUUUUUAUCUUUUGAAUUACCUGAAAUUACUUUUUACGCACGUUAUUUGUUCCCAGGGUUGUCAGACGGAAAGUCCGAUAUUUACGAACCGCGGCAUUGAUGCACGAAGCCCAGGGACUUGUGAUUCGGCGUGUCAGGUAGGCCUCCGUCUCUGCGCCCAUUUCUCAUACUGCUUAUCCCUCCCUCCCUCCAUCUCUCACACGCCCACGCACUCACACACGACAGUUCGACCGUCGCAAGCUACGACUUCCAGCACUGCUCCACAGAGCGGCCCCAGCAGCGAUAAUGCCCACGGGAUGUAGUUUAUUCAUUGGCAGUCAUACGAAGUACCUACUCUCUCCGAUGGCAGACAAAGUAAAAACGACCGAAAGUGGUUUCGGGCGUGGUAGGUGACUGAGCUAAACGGCCAGUGUACGCGUGCCUUACAUGGCCUCACCCUUUGUAAUAAGUGUGAUUCUCCAGACCCCUGCCCGAAAGAGUUUACUGAUCGGCUGGUGAGCUCACUGACUAGGAAAGACUACUGUUGUCUUCAGUGUUUUUCUCGACCCAUCCCUUUUUCCCAUCAGUUGUUGGACGCGACCAGUUUGUGCAAAAUGGCUAUCCGAGGGCAUUCAUGAGUCGCUGCCUACGCGGCGGCCGCCACCAGAAGACUCGAACACCACCGACGAUAUGGCAUUCUCUGCCAUACCUCAAGGGCGUUUCAGAAUCGAUCGAGCGCAUUGCUGCGGCGCCAGGUGUUGGAAUUGCACACCGCCCCAAAGCCCCACCAUAUGCAAUAGGAUCAUGAAUAAUAAAGACCGGUUAAAGCCUGAAGAGCAAUCUGGAGUAGUGUAUCGCAUUCCGUGUCAAAAUUGUCCUUGUAACUACACAGGGCAGACGGGGCGCAUGUUCGGAUCGCGCGUAUACGAACAUAAGCUGACUGUGCGACGAGGCGACGCAUUAUCACAAGUGGCCGCCCACACCUACGAAAUGGUUUACGGGUUUAACUUCGCAGCCACCAAAAUAAUCGCCCACGCCGGAAACAAAACAGGCCGAGAAUUGAUUGAAGCCUAGGCCUCAGAUGAGAACUCGGUCGAUCCGGAAUCGGGACUCGAGUCAUAACUCAAGUAAGAGAUGCCUCGAAUUCGCUCCCAACCCUGCCUACCAGGCUGGAAGACGCAGACUUGUCCUGUGAUUGGUGUCUAUCACAAGGGUCAAUCCGGCCAUUCACAUGGGCGAGGGCCGGAUCUGAUUUGUCAGAUCCCAAGACUAGACUGUAUGUCCCGUUGCCUCCCUCACAGAUCUGAGGUUGGCCGGCUGGCAACAGCAGAUAUGUCAGUUCCGGUCUCCCCUUGUCUUCGCCCAUAGUGCUUUUCGACUCAAGAUAAGGCAAUAAAAGUCGUUUCAACAAACUCUUUUUUCCGGUACUCGAUUCCCUGCACGGUUUUAAGUUAGAGGCUGCAUUAAUGUAAACGGAGCCGAUAGGGAAAAUAGUUUAUUUCAAUAUGCAUCCUGAUACUAGGUGAUAGGUCUUAUUAGGAGAAAACUGACAGGGCGGGACGUGAACCCCGACACUAUCCUAACCAUUACGUCAGGGGAGCCGUCAGGCCACCUUUUCUGGCUAUGCAUCCUCCCUCUUUAGCCUCUGUGCCGUAAACAUUUUAGGUCUGAACAAAAAUCUAAUAUAAAAGCCAUGACACCCGUUUUUGAAGGCAUACCUCAGGGAAACCCGCCUCGCACUACUUGCAAAUCACAAUGUUUAACUGCCUGACAAAAGUAUUUACAACUUGCAUCUCUUGAAUAUUGAGCCUUUGCAUGUCAGUAGCUCCUGUCUGCAAAGUUCUCAUAGGCUACUCCAGUUAAGAGCAUAAAAAGAAGCCAGUGAAUAUGAUUUCCCACCGAAACUGAACAACUAAUUAAUCUAAUGAUUGGAUCUCAGUGGACGAGAUAACAACCACGGGUGCAUUCUGCAAGUAUAUCUGCCUUAUUUUGUAGAGGAAGUGGAACACGAGUGUCUUUUCGAGCAAUUCGUUCGAAAUGUGUGUUAUUUAACUGCUCUGCCUCCAGGUUUCUUUCAGUUUCUCAGACUGCACUAGCAUUACAUCGGCGGGAAUGUCUUGUAAAAACACUCAACACCUCUUGCAAACACCCAGAACUCCCGUCUUUUCAGGCCGUAAAUAUGUACACAAUGGCCGACAUAUUCCAGUUAACUCUGUUAGCAGUCAAGAUAAUUAAAACUGUCAGUUUAGACGACGACCCGCUAACGAUGGGCGGGAAACCGAUGCCCCGGACCCAGUACCUCGUCCUCUUAGUUUCCUCUUUUUUGUGGAUCUCUCCUCCGCACACCCUUGUCAGUUUUGACAGGAUUGCCCCUCCGAUGGCUCAACUAACACAUUUUCAAUGUUCUUACACUCGCAUAACCGUUUUCAGUUAAGUUGCAUCCAUUUAAACUCUAGGUCGAUCUAGACGCCCUUUCCGCUAACGCACCCAGUGCAACCAACACAGCAUUCCCUGGUUUUAUCUCCGAGGCUCUGUUGACACUGGAGAGCUCUGCCACCUUUGACCGUGCUAUUUCGGCUGCUACGAACAGUACAGCACAAGGUGACACGGUGCAUCUUAGCCGUCAGCCAGUCCAUGCCGCUCCCAAGAGCGGAAUCACCACCGAAGCAGCGACAGAACCCUACCAAGGCUCAUCAGUGAACUUGGGGAGCCAUUUUGGGGAAGUCAGUCAGCCGGCCGUGCGUCCGACUACGGUUUCUGAGGUAUUACUCCCCUCUUCCACUGCUUGGCUGCCGAUAAGUAAGAUGACAUUCUGAGUCACAGAAAUUCACCUCGCGGUUUGCAGGUGACCCUGUUUGUGACUUACCGUUAGACGUUAUUGUAUGAGCUCCAUGUCCUGCCAUGCACUGAGGAUGCUGGUACUGCGUUCGAGCUCUUGGUUUUUAAGAAUUUUCAACCAAGGAAAAACAAUCCGAUCUUUUAGCAUUUCUGCAUGUUUCUAUCCCCCCCAGACCGAGGACUCCUGGCUGCAUGUAGUGACAUCUCCUCAGGAAUGCGAUGCACGUCCGGGGUCUCCAUUUUUAGUGGCAGCAGGAAGUCGCUGUUGCAAUUCGAGUGGCGUGUCGAUACGAUCGAAUUCCGCUCUAGUGGCACGUACGAAAUCGGAAGCCUCCUUCUCUCAGCAGACUCCAACGCCAACGUGUCAUUCAGUUCUUGUGUCUUUGCCAUCGACCCACCACUCAUCCGUAGGAAGCAGAAAUGGCAUCUUGUUUGGCCCCUCGCAGUCGGUCCCGCUCUGUGAUGCCGCUCCCACUGUCGUCUCUCUGUCAUGUGAUACUAAUCAGAACAGACUGGCGGAGACUACGACUGUGGCCGCUAGGGGCAGCUCUGACCGACAGCAGCAGCCUGAACCGCAGCAGCAGCAACAGUCGUCAAUCUGGAAUUCAUCAGCCACUCUGAUCCACGACUCAGAACGGAUGGUGUUUUCUACCUCGCCUUCGCCGUGGUUGCCUAGUGGCGAGGAGGACGCAGAAUCAUUGGGGUGUGUCCCGUUUACUUUACUGUUUGUUGCUGGUUUGGUCAUCUCUUUUGACCUGCCGACCCCCCCCCCCUUUUUUCCUGCUCCUGAUCUUCAAUGGUUACCCUGCGAAGGGUCUAAGCCCAGUUAAAAGGUCAUACCAAUGUCAAAACUAUGCUUGGCCAUAUCGAUUGUCCUCAACUCAGUAACCGUGUGAGGUGUCUACGUUUUCACUUGGGAUUUCCUGGGACUUGUAUGAAGACGGUUACGUAACUUCUCUGGUCGUAUUCAUCCCUUUUCUGCUUCGAGGCCAAAGGUAGGAUCUCGGGUGUUAGCAAAGUAUCGAGUCAUCAGGGACAGAGGUACAAUUGACUUAACCAAGCCUGAUCUUAUGCAUGGCGCAUAUAUACCAAUCUAAGUAUUGAAAGGUAGGCAUCCCAAGCGAUAUAAGCUGAAAACAGAUGGGGUCUGCGAGACAAGAGGGUUUGUUGCUUAAAUUUUCGACGCUGGUUCCCCAGGUCGUCGUCAUACGCAAGCGGAAAGCAAAUGUGAAAGCGAGAAACAGCUAACGUCAAGAGUGCACAAAAAAUCGAUACUUGCAUGGCGUGUGCGCCGGUUGGCGGCCGUCGUGUGUCAGUCUGAGCUGGUUGGUUCCCUUCUCUUCCAUUUAUCCUUCAGGUUUCUGUACGCGGCAUCCAACUCGAUAUGCCGGUUAAUGCAUGAUUCAUCAGAGUGCCAAUCUAUACACGCACAAAUCUCAGGCAUCACCACUACAGUAAAGCCACAGUAAGGAAGAAACCGUUACUGCGUGACCAUCAGUAGUACGUCUGUGGUGCGUUUACUUCUAGCUUGCUCGUAACAAGCCCCGCUUGUCUUUUGCACUACCGCCUGCUUUUGACUCUGAGCCCUUUGUUAUUAUGGUAACUGUAGACGUUUACCAGGGAACGAACACGGAGCACACGACAAUUCGACCGUCGCAUGCGACAACGCCUACAUCCUGUCCACAGAAUGGGUGCAGUAGUGACUUGCACAGGAGUUAGUUUGUAGUGAGGACGACCUUCGCAACACCUGCCGCCCUCCUUCCUCAAUCACCUUGCUCCGAUAGAAAGACAGAGUCAGGAUGACUAGAGGGAGGCUCGGGUAGAUUGGCAGACAGCCCGUUUGCGCAUGUCACACACACGACCUACUGCCCGUAUCACGUAUCAGGCGUUUCAUAAGGGUGGCUCGAGUCUCAGGUGCCACAGAAAUCAGGAAGCAUUCGCGGCCUGACCCUCAGUCCCGGGAAGGACUGAGUUACCCGUCAGUUGGUAGUCUUGCAGGUCAGGACUGUUAGAGUAUCGUGAUAGACCCAGACGCAACAGGUUUAUUACAGUGAGGGAUGCGCUAGUUUGUCGUGGGGAUUGGGUCCUCAGUUUCGCCUUUCCUGUUCCCCCUCCCAUGCACUGUCCGAGCAUGUAUUGUCUAAUGAAGCCGACACUCUGUAAUCUCAUCCAACUGAAUGAUUGUUUUGACAGUCACUUAUUUAUGCAUCUCAAGGAGAGGUGGUCGCUUUGAUAGAUUGAUUGACGCACCAGGCGCACAGCUGCACGAGGUGAUCAUACUUAAUUGUACUUGAUACGGCUGCGAUCAUGCCUGAUCUAGCCGGCCUUGAUGAUGUCACGAAUUGUACCGCUCCACGCGUGACGAUCCGCGGCAGCAGAUCUGGACAGCUCAACCCAUUCCCUUCGUCAACGACGUAGACCGAAUACCGAAGGUCCAAAAACCACCUCCAUGUCUUGACGAACUGUGUCGAGCCAGGUUUUGAACUGACUCCCCUCUUCGACGCCUCCAAUGGGGUAGCGGUGCCGGAUCGAGGCCAGUAACACUGAGCUCCUGAGGUGGACGACGAAGAACAUGCCCGAACCACUCCAGUCGUCUUUCCUGGAUGGCCUGAGUUAUCCUUGCGAUGUUGUCGCAGCGAGCGCGGACUGUCUCAUUUGAGACGAAGUCGGUGAACUUCACUCGAAGGAUGGUCCUCAAGCAGUGCUGGUCAAAUACCUUCAGUUUUCGCUCGUUCUCCACGCGCAAAGCCCAGCAUUCGCAACCGUAGAGAAGGACGGACCGGACAGAUGCACGGUACAGGCGAAUCUUAGUGACGAUGGAGAGGUCACGUCGGAUCCAUAGGCAUUUUCGAAGGCUUGAGAAAACCCAGCGGACAGCAUUGAUUGGGGAGACAAUGUUGUCCUUACUCUGUUCAUUAGGCAGCAGCCUCGCCUCGAGGUAUUUAAAACGGUCUACUCCUUCAAGUUGACAGCCACCAAUCCCGGAGGCGAGGUGGUCAUGCUGCGUUUACACCGUCUGGCACCCAGCUGUCGUCUGUAUGGACCCCAGAAGCUGUGGUGAACGCAGCGGUCGCACCCCGCCUCGACUUGCAAAGCCAGCCCUGUCUUGGGACGCGUAGACGACAGCUCUGCGCUAGAUGAACCACUGCCUCCCACCUCUAAGCACCGCGACGACGAUGAGUGCAGAAAGAGAUACUGACCUCGGUGCUUUGGGGGUCCCCACCCGCUCGCUGUGACCAAUUUCGCGCACAAGUCACUGCCGCUCCCCGGGGCAAUGGGGUCCUUGUCCUGUUCGAUGGAUGAAUUUUCAUUACACCGCGAGGGUUUUGUUUUAGUUAAAAUUUUUACAGAAAAGCGAUAUUGCAUUGAGAUUUUCAAAUGCAGUGUUCAGAGGUAGGCUUGUCCGCGACGUUGGCAUCAGCCGCCUCACACCUCUAGGGUGAGGAAGGAUUGAAUUAAAUUGAUUCCGUGGUAUAGCUUGCGUAAACAUGCGACUGCCUACCGUUUAGCUUUUCUCGAAUGUCUACGCGCUAUGUCCUCACAGUGGAGUCGCCCGUACCAGUCAUGUGAGCGUAGGAAGAAUUUUUGUCGUUUUUCAUUCAGUGUUUGUUCCCUUACAGACCCGGGAAUCAUGGAACAUGUUCUCUUUUUUCACCACCUAUUUAAUCAGAAGUCGACUACCUUUAAGGGGAUUAGGCAUUUAUUGAUCGAUUUUUCUACGAAUUUCCAAUAGGGGCUGACGGAGACUGGUCGUUUAAACUAUUAAUGCCUAGUGAUAAACCCUAAAGUUAUUCUCUCGUUGUUACCAUUACACAGAAUUAUUGAGUGUUGCCUGCUUGAGAUUUCGCCUCCGGGUGACUCCGAUAAAGUGUUUUUUUUGUUUCGGUCUUGUCCGAGACCAAUGCUCUCUACCGCAGAUAUUUACUUAUAGAUUGCGAACAAAGACAAGGCGGACUGGAAUGGCCAUUUCUGGCCUAUUAGCCGUCGUCAAUCGGCCGUAUCCAACCCUCGAGAUGUGCAACCCCCGCGGCUUGAUCCCGCGACCAGUUGGUUAGAAGUCCAACGUCCUAAUCACUGUGCCACGGGCUCGUUGUCCUGUCAGUUUCGAUCGGUAAUAUUAACAUUGGUAGAUGGAUGCUCACUGAUCGGUUACGGGACUCAAUCGCGUCCAUCUACCAGGGUUAAUAUUACCGAUCGAAACCGACAACUAACCCAUGGCUCAGUGGUUAGGAUGUUGGACUUGUGACCAACAGGUCGCAGCUCCAACCCUCAGGAUUGAGUAUGGCUGGCUGAUGACGGCUAAUAAGCCUGAAGUGGCUGUUCGUUGGCAAUCUGUUUCUGAAUAUAAUACUUGUCGCUAUGCGACGGCCGGCGGGGCUCUAGAUAUAGCCCCAAAUGCCCAACGGGCCCAGUGAGUCCCGUAACCGAUAAGUGAGCGUCCAUUUGACCAUGCCAUAGGUGCCUAGUCCGAGCAAAAAAGUGGUGAUUUUAACUUUCACGGCCUUGCUACACAUCACGUAGGCCCUUUGCGUUGUUUGCGUCAGCGGCGGCGGCGGCGGCGACGACGACGACGACGCAGCAAGGAACGAGCCUGACUUUGGUUGGCCUGCCCGUCACGUGAACGAUGGAUGCGCGCGCGCCCACAGCUUCGCAUUCCUAUUCAGCAACCUCCCGUCACAUGUCCCUCUAGUUAUUUCCCACCUUUUGGCCAGCUGCUGUUGUUUGCGCCAUCUAAUGCAGAAGAUCUCUGAACUUUAAACGUGCCUGUUGAUGCAGCAGGCGAGGAAUGGAGUUUUCUUUGUUGGGCGGCCCUUGCGCGGUGUUUUGUCCACUUCCGUCUCAUCUAAACAAGUUUACCCGCCUCCCCCAUCCCCGAAUCAUCCCUAUAUGCGAGGGUGAGGAGGGGGGAGAGAGCGGAUCGUAAGAGAGGUUAAAAAAAGUUGUUUAUAACUAGCAUGUUUUCCUUGGCCUCAUUGGUCCUUUUGCCAAACUGGCGCCAAUGGAAUGAAAAAAAAGCCCGAGACAUUAUUGCCUUGCACUGCAUGCCACUUGAUUUAACCCUGUUUGGGGUGGUCCUCUAGGCGUUAGAAAUUCUCGAUGUGACUGGGGAGACAGAUCCCUACUGUCUUCUUUCAGUAGCACGAGAACCAAUGGAGGAGGACUUACAACAGGCGCCGAACCUCAUGAAACAUCACUUGCAGUGGUGAAGAAACCGUGCGCUUGAUGGCUGAAAAGAGAAUUUGGCUGGGUCUGACGUUUCGGAUUUAGGACUGAACCCCCCAUCAAAAGCAGAAUCGAAAGAUGGCGCAAACACGCGGGGGGCGGGGAGUGCUAGUGCCAUGCGGUGGCAUGCCCUGUUUGAGACACUGACUACCGAGCAUAUUUUCAACGGGUGUUCGUAAUUACCACGAUACUCGAUUGACUUGCCACAUUGGAGUCGUUAAAUACCGAGACCUUAUCACUGAUGUUGGCGGCUCCGGUUAUAUACGGGCAAUGCUUGAGAUCUUAAAUAAAACUAACUACCAUGUAAAAUCAUCCCAAGCCGAUACAUGACAACAUGCCGGUCUUUAGUCGGUCAUUUUUCCAGCCACGCGUUUAGAUUACAUUCGGGAAUGACACCAUAGAUGAAUAGUGUAUCUUUUUUCCUGUUUAGAUGCAAUCGUAUUUUCUCGAAAAAUGCGCAAAACGUCCCCCUAUGCUCAUUUUGCGCCUUAUUGCGUACAAUCAGCUUUUGUGGAAUGCGUCUUUCUGUUUAGGAACACUUCAUGACUACGAAGACUUUUAAUGCUUUCACAUACAUUUGGACAUGCUGCCUUCAAAGUAUGCAACUCAAUCCAUGCCUACUGCUGUAGCUUACGAGAACAACCCGGAUUUAUUAUUGAACGUAAACUGCUAUGUGCGUACUUAAUUUGGGUUAAAUACGCUUAACACAGUUCGCAAACUGUACUUUGGCUUUCAAAACAUGCACUCCUCCUUUAAGCUUGCAUUUUUAGAGAAGACUGAGAGCUCCAAACAGCAAAACUCUACUUCCGAUACUUGGCUUUUGUUCUCCACCAUUGUCAGAAGAUGGAUUUCCCUAGGCUCACGCCGCGUCAACUGUGAUCUUAGCAACCUACCCCUUUUUUUCUCGGUUUAUAAAAUUCUGAUCAGUGUCCGUUGUGGACCGGGGGAUGUGGUGGUGCGCCUAGGCGUGGGUUUACGCUGUGUUAGCUAUCCGCAGCCUCUCCCGCGUCUGGCCAUCUUGACUCUGUCUUGGUACUGGGCUCAGAUGGGGGAGAAGAGGGUGCGGUAGAUGCUGCAUUUUCGAUGUCCUUAAAAAUUUAACUAUAUUUCAUAGAUAACAUGCAUAAAAUAUUCAUCCCUAGCAAGCAUUGUCACUGUGUGGUAGAGCAGGCACUACUAACAGCACAAAGAAAUUUCCCCUGUUGUUGUUUUUGAUUUUGCCAGAAGCCUCUCUGACUGUGCUGACUUCCAGUUGACCGUGCCGCCUCUGCUGGGAUUUUCGUCCCCGGAGGCACAGACCACAACCCCUGGAGCAGUCGAAGGUGUCCGCGUAGUCACCCAUUCAACCAUUAUCGAGGAGGGGCCCGCUUAUUUGUCCUCCAGUAAGCACGCAUCAUUGUGUGCGGACCAAACAGCACUGGAGACAUGGAAUGUCAGUGUAAGUGUCAACUGUCCAAAUUAG